GAUUGCCCACGCGUCCCCUAUUGCUCCAACUUCUGGUUUCAUUUUUUUGUCCAUCAGUGCUCCAGCACUGUUCACGAGCCGCGCGUUGGUCCGGUUCCAGAAGUUCUACACCCUUUCUUCCUUUACGAUAGGUGUCUCACAAAAGCUUUUCUUGCUCUGAAACCUCACCUUUAGCUUUUUUUGUUCUGAAACCUCGCAUUUUCUGGAUCUCCGAUCUUGAGUUCUCUCUCACAUUCUUGCUAAAAACGACGAAACCAGCAUUUUGUAGCUUUUUAAUCCGAUUAGCCAAUUAGGUUUUGCUUGAUUUGUAUUUUCUUUUUAUUUAUAAUUUACAGGGUGAUCUAUACGAUCACGAGAGUUUGGUGAAGGCGAUCGAGCAAGUCGACGUGGUGAUCUCGACGGUGGGGCACGCGCAGUUGGCUGAUCAGGCCACACAUGCUAUACAACCUACCUGGGUGAUGUGCUUUGAGAAAUAAUCCCGUCGCGAUUAGAUAUUUUUUUGGAUAGGCGUUGGAGGCUGCAGUAUGGGAGGUUUCUUAUCAUAUGAGGGUCACCAAUGAUUGAAUUUUGGGUCGUUGGAGGAACAACUUGGUUGCUUGACUUUUAGUUUUAGUUUCUUCAGGUAGAUGUAAUAUCACCCAUUUGAGUCAAAAAUUUCUCUCCAGUAGCGGGUUUCAUUGUAGAAAUUGAAUCCACAAUGUUUGAACAUGAGCUAAGGGUUGUUGGUUGAGAUGUUAAUAAGCUUUUCUAAUAUCAGGUUUUAGAUUUUUGAAUUCUGCUCGAACAAAACUAAAGUCUAUUUCAUUUGCUUGAUUCAGUAUAGUUUUUGUGGAAAGAAAUUGAAUUCUAUGCUUAUUCUACGGCUCCUUUUUUGCAUUUAAAAUUACUGUCAUCUUAGGCAAUAAAGUAUUUAUUUGGUAUGAAUUGCCUGUGAUGGUUGAUAAAUCUUCAUGCCGGUCUAUCUGGGGGAGCAGUAUGUAGACAAUCCUAUGUUGUCCGAUGUCAUUCUCUUAGUCGAAGGUUUAAAUCAUUUAUCUUUAUUUAAGCUCUUCCUACGUAUGCUAUGUUAGCUGACAUUACAGAAUAUUCAAUAAGCAUGGGUGAUUGUAUUGUUAACAUAAGGGACCUCUUUAAAUUUUUGAUUGUGUACUGACCAAUUGCAGAUAGACGGUUCUAUGCUCACAUAAUUUUCCUGCUUGGUUCUUCAGAUACCUUCCGUGCAACAUUUGAUGGUGGAAAAAUCCAAAUCGUACUACAAGAUCUUAGGGCUCUGUGUUUUGUGUCAAACCAAUGCAUUGAGAGAAUAUGAGCCGUUGCGUCUGGUUUGGAUAUGUGUCUAUGGUAGUACCCCCAUUUCAAGGCAAUUGAGAGCGCUUGACUAUGAACACUUUGCUCUUCAUUUUUUAGGGCUGCAGUUUUCGAAGCCCUUUAUGCUCAAGCAGGAACAACAAAUGCAGAAGGGGAACACAUAUAUAAUCAGUGUUAUUCCAGCCAAAACCUUUAUUCUCACAACAUUGGGUACCAAUGUACUCGCUGGCAAUCGUCCUCAAAAUACCUAUGCAAUCCUUUACUUGCAUCGUGGCAGGACCAGCGAGAGAUCCUAGCAUGUGCCGAUUGACAUCACAAGAGGAUGUCAAGAAGGGACAAGCUAGGCUCUCUUGUUCGCCUUCGCACGGUGGAAGUAAGUUCAAGGAAUGCGAAGGUUCGGUGGCGACUACUUUGGUACCCAUGAGAAAACGAGGGAGGAGCCGAAGAUGAUAACUUUCAGAUUGACGAAAAAUUCACAAAUUCGACGCAACUGGUCAAACAUUGUAAAGUUUUAGCUAUGAACAGAAUAAUGGGCCUCCAAAUUUGUAGUGAAACGGGCCUGAUUAAAUUCGUGUGUUGGGCAAAAGUAAAGCCCCAUCUUUUUUAACGUAAAUAAAUUUUUUUUACACAAAUAUCAUCUGAACUAUUCCGGGCGUGUGCA